AUGGGAGAACUCUUCCAUCCUCUUGGGAAUGCCAGUUUCAUUUUGAAUAUAAAUACACUCGCGCAACCCAUAGCUGUGUUGGAGAAAGCCACACUUCUCUUAAAUUCCCAUACCCUUGUGGAGGCUUCCAUCGUGCAUCUCAAGAAGGCUGUUAUUGGUACUUUUCUUUUGACCUCAACAUGUGCAUUUCCAAACCACGAUGGAAACGAUGCGCAAGGAUUGCCAUAUCUACACCCGCGAUUGAGAACCAUCAGGUCGAACACAGGCGCUAGUAUCAGUUUUACUGAGCCCGGCAAAGCUGGAAUCUGCGAAACAACUCCCGGCCUGAAAAGCUACUCCGGCUACAUUAACCUUAGCUGUGCCGCUCAUAUGUUUUUCAUGUUCUUUGAAGCCCGGCAGGAUCCUCAUAACGCCCCGACUACCUUGUGGCUUGGUGGUGGUCCUGGAAGCCUCGGGCCAUGUGGCGUCACCGAAGAACUGGCUACGUAUAUAAAUCAUCAUCCAUGGACGGAGGUGUCAAAUCUACUUGUUCUAUGGCAACCUAUCGGAGUUGGCUUCUCUCAUUCGUCGAUUGAGCCAGGAUCUUUGAAUCCCUUAACACGGAUAUUCGAGAAUGCAUCGUUUGCUGGAGUCACUGGCAGAUACCCUGUCAUCAAUGACGCAAAUAAGGUUGGGAUUACUCAAGCGGCUGCGAAAGUAGCUUGGGAUGCCGUGCAAGCGUUCUAUGGUGCUCUACCCAAGUUAAACCCUAGGUUGAAGUCAAGACAUUUCAACUUAUGGACAGUUAGUAACGGCGGGCACUACGGGCCUACUUUCUUCAGGUACUUUUACCACCAGAACACUAAGAUCAUAAACGGAAAACUCCGUGGUCAGCCCUUGGUAUUUGAUGCUCUGGGCAUAAUAAAUGGUGCUAUUGACACAGGGAUCGAGGCGCCUUAUUUCCCUGAGAUUGUGAACCACAAUACCUACAACACCAAAGGAGUAAACCAACCAGUGUAUGAUUAUAUGAAGUUUGCAAAUUCAAUGCCAGGUGGAUGUCAGGAUAAAAUCAAAGCCUGCAGAGCGACAAACUAUUCCUCUAUAGCCGAUUUUACCCUCUGCGUUCAAGCUGUGCAUAUGUGUAAUGACAACGUCGGAUCUCCUUAUCUGAACGCAAAUCCUCGAAACAUGUAUGAUAUUCGCAUAACUGCUGACCAAACUGGUGAUCUUGCAUACGCCAGAUCUCUUGAGGACGUGGAAUAUAUACUCGAUCUGCCUGUUCGGGUCACACUCAUGUAUGGUGACGCAGAUUUCGUUUCUUACCAACCUCUUGCAUCGCUCCAGAUCUUUAACCGAACACUCCUUGGAUUGGACAUUGGGAGCGGACUCGCAGAGGCCACACUAGAUUUUGAAACGAAUGGGUCUCCACAUGCAACACAUAUAAAUAGAGGGCCAUCACCUACACCAUCUUAA